CAACAGAGCGCAGUGAUGGCUCCUCUAAGCCCACGAUUGGUGGUGCCGAUCGACAUCAAGAAGAAGCCAUGGGAGCAGAAGCACCCUCUCCACAACCGUUGGCAUCCUCACAUACCGGCAGUUGCGGAGGUGACCGAGGGAGAGGUAUUUAGGGUCGAGAUGAUGGACUGGUCCGGCGGAAGUGUUGCAGAUAAUGAUUCUGCUAUGGACAUCAAAUCCAUCGACCUCGCCAUUACACAUUAUCUGAGUGGACCUAUAAGAGUUUUAGACAAAGGAGGAGCCCCAGCAAAGCCAGGUGAUCUUCUAGCGGUCGAAAUCUGUAACUUGGGUCCUCUUCCUGGAGAUGAAUGGGGUUACACAGCAAGUUACGACAGAGAAAACGGAGGUGGGUUUUUGACGGACCACUUCCCCAGUGCCACAAAAGCUGUCUGGUAUUUUGAAGGAAUAUACGCAUACUCUCCACAUAUACCAGGUGUUCGCUUUCCAGGUUUAACUCACCCAGGAGUAAUUGGGACGGCACCAUCCAUCGAACUUCUCAAUAUUUGGAACGAAAGGGAGAAGAAGUUGGUUGAAGAUGGCCCCAAUUCUCUUAAGAUAUGUGAAGUUGUGCACCAGAGGCCACUGGCUUCCCUACCAACAACCAAAAGUUGCCUCCUUGGAAUGAUUAAUGAAGGAACACCUGAAUGGGAGAAGAUUGCAAGUGAGGCUGCAAGAACUAUCCCUGGAAGGGAAAAUGGAGGAAAUUGUGACAUAAAAAAUCUAAGUACUGGAUCAAAAAUAUACCUUCCAGUUUUUGUGGAAGGUGCCAACUUCAGUACAGGCGACAUGCAUUUCUCUCAAGGUGAUGGUGAAAUUUCACUUUGUGGAGCAAUAGAGAUGAGCGGAUUCCUAGAACUCAAAUGCGAGAUCAUAAAAGGAGGGAUGAAGGAAUACCUAACCCCAAUGGGUCCAACCGAGCUGCACGUGAACCCCAUAUUCGAGAUUGGGCCAGUGGAGCCGCGAUUCUCAGAGUGGCUUGUGUUCGAGGGCAUCAGCGUAGACGAGAGGGGGGAGCAGCAUUUCCUGGACGCCACAGUGGCCUACAAGCGCGCCGUGCUGAACGCCAUUGAUUACAUCUCCAAGUUCGGCUACUCGAAGGAGCAGGCUUACCUCCUUCUCUCCUGCUGCCCCUGUGAAGGCCGCCUCUCCGGCAUCGUUGAUAUUCCCAAUGCAGUCGCCACCAUUGCUAUUCCCACCGCCAUUUUCGACCAGGAUAUUCGGCCAAAAGCUGGAAGGGUGCCGGUGGGACCCAGCGUCGUGAAGAGAUUGCCAGAUGUCAUUCGAUGCUCUUACGAUGGAGACCUUCCAGUAACUCAGAACCCAAGCAAUGCGAAAUAAAGCAGGUUAUCAACAAUUUUGUCAUGUUUGAUUAUGCGGGUGAAAUAAGCUGAACUCCACUGUUGUGAAUUGAUUUCUAAAUAGCGCUUUUGUGAAAUAGAUCAAUUGUGAGGGGGGAAAGGAAAUGGAACAGAACAGCUGUUAUUGUAUGGAA